UUGUUGCAUGCAUGUGUCCGAAUCAUUUGAGGGAAUUCUCAAGUCAGCAAAGACAUUUUAGUUUUUACGGAGAUGUUGUUUACCGAGCCCGGAAAUUUAGAUACGAUCCAGCUCUAUUUACAUUAAAUGUCGGAAUCAGAGUUGUUGGUUGUAGACUAUUAAUGAUUAUUGGAGGAUUGGUAUUAUGUGGAUCCUAUAUGCUUAAUGCACUGGUGCCAGGAAUAGCUGCUCUUUUUAUAGCGCAUGGUGUUCUUUAUGGAAUCGGCGUAGCAUCUACCUCGGUAUUGAUAUUUAUUGAAAUAAACAACUAUUUUGAAAGAAGAUUGGGAUUCGCUUUCAUGGUAGCUAGUGUUGGUGGAUGCGCAGGAAGUUUUGUUUUUCCAAUUAUCAUUCAAAAACUUAUAGACACAUAUGGACUGCAAGGUGCUUUGCUAGUGAUAUCUAGUAUAUUAUUAAAUAACGUUGUUAUCGGUGCUUUAUACCGCCCUUUCAUUUCUCGAGUGAGAACAAAAACAGAUGUUCCAAAAAACACCAAGAAUAAUAAUACAUGUUAUAGUUCAAGGAAUGGAGAGCUAACCCAAGACGAUAACACAAAAAGGUUUUCUAGAAAAGUUGCAGAAAACCCCAUAGCCGAGUAUUCUUUAUCGGUAGACGACGUUGCGAAUUAUUAUGAACCCGAGGUAGCUAGUGACGGGUUCAAUGACUAUAAAUCUUACGUCAAAUUGAUUGCAACACGGAAAAGAAAACCGAGAAGCUAUUCGGAAAGUUGCGAGACUACUUGUGUCGGAGUGGACUCUACAAAACUACAAAAGACUGUAUUCCCUAAAAUAGACAUUUUUGGAGGUUUAGGAACAGCAAGUUCCUUUUGUUCAGUUUACAGUUUAAAUGUUCUUCGUCAGCAGGAAAUUAAACCAGAUAUCAAACCAGACUCAAAAUCCGACAGCGCAUCAGAAUCAGGAUCAUGUUCGUGUUAUGACAUCAUCGACUUCAGAAUUUUAAAAAACCGCCAUUUGUUAUUGCUUUUAUUCAUGUGCCUCGUCUCCGUUGCUGGGUGUGGCUUGAUUGUUAUUUACAUUCCACCAUUCGCAAAAGACCAUGACAUUCCGAAUGACAAAAUAGCUAUUCUCGUAACUUUAAUGGGCGUGUUUGACUUGGUUUCCCGUUUUGCGCUUGCCUGGAUAUCUGAUUCCAAACGUAUCCGUCGUGAUUAUAUUUUAGGAUGUUGUUUAGGAAUUACUGGACUAGCAGUAAUGUUUAACCCUUUAUACACCAAUUUCGAAUCAUUCGUUGUUUUUUCAAUAAUAUAUGGAAGUUUUGGAAAUGUUUAUUUCUCAUAUGCGCCACUGUUACUGAGAGAUUGUGUUGGUUCGGACAGAUACCCGACAGCCUUUUCAUUAAUGAUACAGGUACAUGGAAUAGCAUUUGUUGGUUUUACUCCACUUUUAGGUCUUGCUCGUGAUUUAACUGGAUCAUACACACUGACGUUUUACAUCAUGGGCGCUGGAAUUCUCCUUGGAUCUGUUGCUGUAUUUUGUGAACCAAUAUUUCAGUGGUUGGAAAAUAAACGUAAUAAAGUGUAAUUUUCCAAAAAGAUAGACAAGAGGCUUUUUUUUUAAAUAGAAACAAAGAUAGCCAUAUAUGCUUAUAUUGUAAAUAAAAGCACCAAUACCUACUA